GUGAAACUACGGCGAUGGCUCGUUUGCUGGAUUUGCACUUUCGUUUCCUUCUGUGUGUUGUUUUCUUCGUGCAUCCGCUAUGUCAGAAGCAGAAUACACCUGCGGUACUUUGUUUCAUUUGAGUUUACUGGACGCUACAGUUGUGCCAUUUGCAUCGACAAUUGAAGCGUUCUCGACGUAAAAAGACGGUAGAUGACAGGGUCCCGUGAGGCUGCCUCGAUCCCAACCUGGAGGUCACUGAAGAAGAAUGUGGUAUGGAUUCUAUGCUGUCGGAGUUUGUGACUCAAACUGCGGCCGAUCCUGGCCUAGCCAGGGAUCUUCUAGAAGGUCACCACUGGGAUCUACAGUCUGCCUUAGCAGCGUACUAUGUGAUGAAUGGCAUCGGGACAGUAUCGGCAAUGUCCAUGGGUGCCCACGGUGACACAUGGGACACGGUCGACGAAACCGACAAAGACAAGGCUGUGUUACGUAGGUUGGAUUCGCUGGAGGUCGAGGAAGGAUCAGGGAAAAAAUUGUCUCGUGGAAUAUCUCGUGCCACGGACAACGCCACCCUGGUAUGGAAGGCUCGGUCGGAAGUUGCGCAGGACCUGAGCGGCGGAGGGCCCGGCCGGGCGGGCGACCGCAGAUUGUCACAGCUCCUCCUGGAAACCCCCGUGUACACCUUCACGCUUCCGGACUUGUCCGUGCACCCGCCCGACUUUCGUGAAUUCCUCGAGAAGGACCUUGUGGAAACCUCUACGCUCGUUUCUUUAGAAAAUGCUGGUAGACUGAAUUGGUGGGCGGAGCACGGUGUAUCGCAACGCCUUUGGCCGCUGGCGACCUCUGGUGACGGCAAUUGUCUGCUUCAUGCAGCCUCCUUAGGCAUGUGGGGAUUCCACGACCGCCUGCUAACGCUGCGGAAGGCCCUGCAUGCCCUCCUCACAAAAAGUUCCUACGCAGAUGCCUUCUACCGACGGUGGCGAUGGCAGACGUCUCUGCAGAACAAAGAGGCAGGGCUGGUGUACUGUGAAGAAGAGUGGCGUCGAGAGUGGCACACCUUGCUCAAAAUGUCUUCCACGGAACCCAGGUCACGGCCUUAUCGAUCAAACGACGUGGGUACUGCCACCGUCAAAGGGAGCUUGGAGUUGGUCCACGAAGAUCCUGCCACGGGUCGAGGAGGGGGAGGGAGUACGUGCACUUACGAGAGUCUGGAAGAGAUCCACGUCCUGGCUUUGUGUCACGUGCUUCGACGUCCCAUCGUGGUGGUCGCAGAUACGGUUUUACGGGACGUCGCGGGACAGCCGUUGGCCCCCAUCCCUUUCGGUGGGAUCUACCUUCCAUUCGAGUGCCCCCCGGAGAGGUGCCAUCGAUCCCCCCUCUGCCUCGCCUACGAUGCUGCACAUUUUUCUGCGCUCGUUCCUAUGGAAGGCGGUGUUCCACAAUUACCCGUUGCAAUUCCGCUAAUAGACGCAGACGGAAAGCUACUCCCCGUGCAGUUCGCUGCAGAUCCAGGCCCCGGCGUGCAGUGGGGUAGAGACGAGAACGAUCCGAAGGUUAUCAGCAAGGUCACUCCCUCGGAAACUGACAAACUGGGCUUGCUCAGCAGAUUCCUCGAGGUUAACUGUCUCCCAUCACUGUCUCGAAGAAGCUCUACCCCAGGUAGUGGAGAGAUGAUGACGAACGGGAAAACGAGCAGCUUUGAUUCCGACGACGGAGCGCAGGAAUCGGGACCCCACCGGAGUCGAGCCGCACGUCAGCUGCAGACGGUGGCGAAGCAGUUUGGCAGCAUAGGCAAAAGUAUGAGUCGGAAGUUGCGGAAAAACUUUGGCAGCAUCACCCGCCGCGGCGGAUCUUUCAAGGGAGAUUCCUCCCCGUCCAAAGACAAGCGUUCCACCACUCCGUCCUCCGACGGAAUCCUAGUCGCUGCACUCCACACGGAGCGCAGGCACGAGUACCAAGAAGAAAUGAUCCACAACUACCUGAGCUCCGCACGAGUCCGCUUCCGCGAGCGACAGCGAGACUCGUCCACUUCUUCGACGGCACUUCCUACGCAGCCCCAUUAUCGACCACGCGGAUCGAUACCAGUGGAGUGUGUCAACCCGGGUUGCACCAUGUUUGGUACCUCCGCGACGAGCUACCUGUGCUCGCAGUGCUACUCUCGGCAGAAACAGGCCGAGAGUCAGCAGCGUCGAUCCGCCGUUGCAAUGUGUGGGAACUCCGCGUUCUACCGGCACACCGACGGGGAAAUGGUUGCCGCGGUGACGAGGGUGCCCUUUGGUAACCGGCCUUCCGCGGAGGAAGCAGACAGGCUUCGGAAGAAUGUGGCAACCAUGGGAUACACGGAACUGGCCGUGGAUGUGCCUGCUCCGCGGUUGCACUGAUAGUAAUCGACGUCUCUCGUUUUGUUCGACCAAGUUUGACUGUUAACUGAGCCCAUUAACUUAAUACAUAAAGGCUGUACCUAACUGUGACAAGAACCCCUGCCCUGAUGUAAUCAGUUGCAGGUGAUUCCAGAGUCGGCCGAAGUAAUGCUGUACUAGAAUCAGCCUAACCUCACUUUUAUACGGAACGAGAAAACAUAGGUAUGACUUACGAGAAUGUGGAAACCCGCAAAUAUGUUUUCUAACACACUGUGACUGCGUGUGCCGCUUGUUUUACGUUCUGCCACUUGUGCGUGCUUGUUCUGUUUCUUUUUUUUUUUUACGUUUCUGUCUUUAUGUUUAUGUGUAGUCGUCACGUGAAACGGGGCAGAGUAAAAGUUGCACAGACGCUGCGUCUUCUACCCUGAUAGCGGCGCCGUACCUACAGGUAUAAAAUAUAGUAGUAUAACAGAGUAUGUGUCCUAUUUAUGCGCGACAUUCUAAAGCGUGUCAGAAGACCCGACAGUAACUAUAUUUUGACGAUAUAAUAUACAUAUUAUAUUAAUUAACGGAGACACUUUGUGAGAAAAGGUUAUCAAAAUGUAAAGGUGACACGAAGAGAUACACUCAUGUUGCUUCAAGGGGUCAGGCAUGAGAUCCGUUACGACGAUGGCUGUGAUAUGCAAGGUUGAGAAUCUCUAUGUACCGAUAAAGGGCGAUAUUUUUUUUCUCCAGCAACGUUCUUGUAGUGUUGUGUAUGAUGAUGUUUGGGUAGGGUGAGCGCUAGAUUGGUAAGCCAUUCAGAAUGGCUGGGGUACUUGGUCCACAAAUACGUGUGACAAGUAUAUGUAGACUCGAUGCUGUGUUAGUGACAAGGGCAAUGAACCCGUGAUCCUAACAUGUGGCGCGUAGGGCACUGUUCAGAAUGAAGCUGUCGGUCCUUGCGAGCGAUUCAAAUGUGUUGUUUUCUAUUGCGUACCUGCAUCGUCCAUUUUACAUGCACCUCGGCAGCCUUUUUUUUUUUUUUUUUUCUUUCUUUUUGUGGAAUGGAAUGUUUGGAGAGCUUUGAAAACCCACCGACAGGAGUGGUAAAAAUGGAAGCAGUGAUUCAUUUUUGUCCCUUACUAACAUUUAUUUUUUUUGCAAAAGCUAGGCAGCGUUUUAUGGUGUCACAAUGUGAGGAACAAAGAUUUUAUGAAGUUCACAACUCGGAACAUUAUUUCUUUUAGGGCGUGAUGCUUUCAUUGUAUUUAUUUUGUCAUUUCUGCUACCAUUUACCUCAACUCAUAUUUUACGUGCACAGCGUUGAAUGUACUAAACUUCACAGCUUUUCCAAACAGCUUGACAACGUUCCUAUCAGCAUGUGUUCAGAACAGUCGGCAUAAUGAGCAACAACCUUCCGUACAACUUUCCUUCCUUUUGUUUUGGCAGCUGUUGAUUUAGUAAUGUAACGCGUGUUCUUGCCAGCAAAUGCGUGAUUGUGAUAUUUUCGGCAUAUACUUUAAUAUUACACACACACAGUUUUUCCUUUUUUAUCGUUAUUAAUUAUUCCGUAGAUUUCCCCAAGGUUUUUAGUCCUCUUCCACAUUUCCAUGAUAAGUAGCUCCUAAAUACUAUUUCAAAGGUCACAACUUGCUGUACAAUGUUCCAUAAGUAUACUGAAAGCUAGACUUAAAACUAGUUUUGCGUAGAUGCAGUACUAACACAAUACUAAGGUAUGAAAAACCUGCUUUUUUUUUUUUACAAAUGCAUGUGCUGCUACAACAUCAUACUGACUAAUAUUGCACGGGAUACAUAUCAUAUCUUGAUUCAAGUGACAUUAAAGCAGUGUGUGAAUCGUUUAUUCCUAUUGUGUAACAUAUCUUCAUUGCAAAAACAUUUUUAAUUCCACAUUGAUAUGAGAAAAGAAAAAGCUAUAACGUCAACUGACAAAGUGCUCUCAUCACGUUAACAUGCUCAUGAAAUUAAACACAGCACUCUCUUUCAAGCUCUCAAAAUGCAAUAAUAUUUCAACAUCUUAUUAUAUACCUUUAUCUGCAAUGGGACUUUUGGAAGGACGUUUGUGAUAAGUGCACCUUCUUAGGCCAAGAUAUCAUCGGUUGACUAGUUUGGCACAGGCUGGAAAGCUGGGUCGACGACUCUGUGACGUGACAGCAAGAUGCUGCUUCUGCCAAUUAAUCAACCUGAGUCCUCUGAACCUGUAUAAAUACAAAGCUGGAAACUUUGACCAGUCCUCGUGGUUGUGACUUAACAUUUCUUCUGAAUAGCUUGUGUGAUUCAUAAUGGUCUUGUGUGGUUCAGUGAUGCAUGGGAAUGGGGACUGAUUUGGGAGAUGUUAGCAUGCUUGUGCUGAAAACAGUUUAAAAAGGCCACGGUUGUCUUUGCUUCUUUGUAUCGCUGUAAAAUUCUGAUCUGAUGUUCACAUUGCGUUCGCUACGUAAAUGAGGGGCUCGGUACCACAAGAGCACAUAAGCACACACAAAAAAAAACUACAUAACAAUACAUAACACAUGAAAAACACAUAAUACAUAAAAACAAAACCAUUACAUACAAAAUUACAUAAACCAUGAGGUGAGAUAAAGGAUGUUUGCCAGGCGCAUUUACAGCAUGAGAGAACUGAUGUUCUGAGGCUGGAACAACAUAGAAGGGACAAUCACAUACAGGACAUCACAUCAUCGGAGUGACCGGUUUGUCCCUUGAGAUGAGGCACCCUGGAAGUCGCUGAGAAGGCGUGUUAGCUUAGCUCAAUUGGUAGAGCCCUAGACCGGUAAUCCAGAAGAUGUGGGUUCGAGUCCUACAGCUGGCUAACCUUUUCAGUGACUUUCAUCUUUCAACAUUUACAGCAUUUUUUGCGCGUGCAGGGAUCAUGCUAGUACAGUCGACCGCUGUUUAUCCAGGAGAGCAGAGGGAGCCAUCAGUUGUCAACAAGUGCUGUGUUUAUUUUAGAGGGCAUAGGAAAGUGUCCGUCGUCAUUUGCAUAAAAUUACUACAGACAUUCAGCUCCUAUAAACUCUUCAGCUGACGGGGGGGCAUGCAUGGUAAAAGACAUUGUUCAAAGCUACCGAAUGACCUUUUCUUGUGGCACCAAAUGAGUGGAUCGGCCAAUGAAAAGGGGGAAAAUUCCCCCAAGUUAUCACCCCUGAUUGACGAAAGUGAUUUGCAGAAGUGUCUGUUGGAUAUUUUCCUUGGCAGUCUGUUGAAAUUUUUGUCGGGAUCCGAAAGGCCGAAGCCCGGAUAGAUGAAGGCAAAUUUCAUGGACCGGAAUCUGCCUCUACGUUUCUUGUCCGGAUAGUACAGGAUGCAGAUCAAUGAAGUAUGGAUAGACGGAGGUCGACUGUAACAUUCAAGACUAGACAAGACUAGACAUACAACUCCAUGGUAGAGUACCGGAGUUGAAGACGCUGUGGUAUUGUGUGCCAUCGAGCCCUUCAUAUACUGUGGAGCACUUUGUUUUUGCUAUUCACUUUACGAUUCUAGUAAGGUGAUCCAGAUAGGAUGCCAACUUGGUACGAGGCAUCCAACAUAGUUCGUACACGAAGAUUACCAAUGAUUGUGGAACAUAAUUUGAUAUAAACGUGUUUUUGCACCUGCAAUUUAUUUAUUUUUUGCAAUUUAUGUGUAGAGGUACCAGAAGAGAGGAGGAGUUGCACAAAGUCUAGAACAUUCUUUUGCAAAAGAAAUUCAGUACAACACGAGCUUGUUCGAAAUGUAGCGCUUCUCUCACUUCGGGGGUCACAGAGCCAGCGGUGCUGGUGUGAUAGGUGUGCACGCUGACGACCAGUUGCCAAUGAACGGUUACUUGCUUGUACAUGACCAAUAAUACUUGAGAUCUGGAAUUAAACUGCUAGGACUCUUUUCUCAA